UUGUUAAUGUAUCAAUAGCAACAUUUGGCAAAAGUCUUGUAGUUGUCUACUACGUACCUUGUGGCAUAUCGCAUUGUAUAGCUCCGCAUGGGCGCACCUUUGAAGAGGAAAAGUCUAUGUAUUACACAUCAAGCCCGAGUCUUAGUGUGUGAUUUCCUAGAGCUACAUACGCAUAAGUGCCCGCUUUUUAUAGGAAUUUUAUUGCUAUAUCUAUCGUGCACAAUCUGGUCUACAGUAUCGUACGUACUCCCGGAAACUUUGAUUAAACAGAUGGAAAGGCUUUGAUAACUGCAGAUAUCCUCGUAGAGGAUACGCAUGAAAGAUAAUCGAGUUAUGGAUUUCACCGAGAGGUAUAGGAAAUGGAAAGGGACACUGGACCAACCAAAGUUUGCCGAAUAAAGCCAAGCAACCAUGGGCAGCGUCACGGAGUAUCGAAGCUAUAUGACCCAAGAGAAGGGUCAGCGUACGCCCGGAUGUCCAAGACGCAUGAAUUGAAUCUAAGAAAAUACCAGGAACAACAAUCUGCAAUCAGGCUAGCGGCGCCAUUCCCGUCAUUCGUCAGGGAGUGUAACAGCCGAUCAUUCCUAGAUGAUGGCGCUCUGUCGUUCGAUGAUUCGUCAGAUGGAUGGAUGCAUGAGUCUUCGUCGGAUUUCCAUCAUAAUACAGCUCUAAGCAGCACAAGUACAUCGGGAAGGUUGCUACAACCAAGCAUCUCACUGCCAUUGGGUUGGGAUGCUACUAAAACUGAUGAAGGAGAGACACAACAAAAGCAAGUACGUUCAAAUAGUGAACGGGAACCGCCAACCUUUGGCGCACGUAUACAAGUUCCAUAUAAAGACGAUGACGUAAAGACAAUUAAACCGAUAAAGUGUCCAACAUCACGAUGGGAGUCACGUGUAACGCAACCUAAAAAUACAAAGGAACCGAUACAAAUAGAAUCGUUCAGAAAUUCAACACUACAAAGUUUCAGAGCAGCGCCAGAUCUCACCCAAUCUUUCUCAAUGCUAACGUUUAACGCCGGGCUCCUAGAGGUGCGGAUGCUGGGUUUGCAGAUGUACCAAAAUCCGGGGUAUACAGAUAAAAGGUUAAAAUGCGUUCCCAGCGAAAUACGAAAGGCCAAUGCCGAUGUAGUGGCAUUCCAAGAAGUAUAUAGCAAUCACCAUGCACAUUAUAUCAUCAAGGAACUUAAAGAUCUGUACCCAUACUCAGUUAGGGAUGGCUGCGCCCCGGUAUCAGAUGAUUUCGAGCAUCUGUACGAGCGGAAUAAGAAAACAAGGAAACGUGGUAUAGCCAUGUUCCACAGCGGGCUGCUGUUCCUAAGCAAAUUCCCUAUCCUGUGCGCCAAGUUCCACCCGUGGGAUGUAGUCACGCAUCUGGAGGCGCUCUUGGCCAAUAAGGGAUACCUGGAAAUAUUUGUUGAUAUACCCGCAGCUGGCAAGAUUGCAUUCUACAAUGUGCACAUGGCAAGCGCCAGUGUCAACCCGGAAUCCACGCACGUGGAAACAGUUAGGAAUGAAGAAAUAAAACAACUGCUAAAAACAACAGAACGAGCCGCUAGCCUAGGAUUUGCACCAAUCGUAAUAGGAGAUCUCAAUGCAGCACCAAACAAUUGUGCAAGUAAUUACAUGUCGUUCAUACACAGAGGGUGGACGGAUGCAUACGUACUCUCGAGACAAAAAUCAAAGCACAAGAAAGUGACCAGUGUCAGAGAUAGGAUGCUAGCAAAAAGAACAAGCUCAAUCAUGAGCUUCCCAUCAAUCAACGAAACCAUAGGCGUGGAAAAUGUAUUCGGAGAUGAUAAAUCACAGAAGCCGCAAUUGGAAAAGGUUACAGUAAUGUCAAAUGUACCACGGAGCCGAUCAGGUGAUAUACUAAAACCAGCACACUGGUCAAUAUCCGAAGGGUCAAGAUGGUCAAGGUUCAUGGAAAGAUUUGCGUUGCAUAAGACAUAUCGUCUAAGAAAUGAAGAGGCUACGUGGCAAAGUAUCAAGGCAUACUACCCACAUGGCGACUCACUAAGCCUACGAGUAAUACAUUACCAUACACCCAGUAAAUUGAGGUCAAGGAAAACUAAAAAUCUAGAUAAAUUGCAAAAAAGAAUGCAAAAAAUUAAACCGAGAAUUUCGGUAAAGGCACCGUGUCUUAUAAAUAAUGGUUUGAAUCGAACGAAAACAUUUAAAGAACGGUGCUCGGAGCUGCUACGUAGGUCAAAGAACUUCUGGACAUCUGAACCUAAACAAGCAUCAAACUCAGUACCACAUAUUACGAGACACUCGAGAGUCGUGACAAAUCGAUCUGAAGUAUACUUUCUAGUGAGGAACCCAUCAAACCAACUUAAAGCACCACGGGUUAAAAGGUUCUAUUGGUGGAACAAAAGACGAAAUUUCAUGGAUGUAACCUGGGAUCCUAGAAAUCCACUGAAUAUGCACGGACCACACGCCGGGUGUAGCGGUCUGAGAUGUGAUUAUAUAUUCCUACCUCCACAAGAUCUUGCAGGAGUCCUCCAAGGCUUCAUACCAUCAGCUGGAGAAAUAUUGUUCAGAGAACCUAUAGUCAUGAUAGAUAAGGUGGGAUCAGCAUACAACUGUCUGUGCUCCGCAUUCACAAGCAUGAAGAAAGUUAUGCUCGUGACGCUGUCAGACCACUACGGUCUCAAAAUAACCAUGGUACGAAAUGCAAUUGUAAGAAGGAAGGGCUCAGAGUUUAUACUGCCACGCACAUAUCACAGUAUAUGAUAAC